UGGAAACACUGAACAAAAUCUGUUCUGAAAUAUGUUUUGGGUGCAGGUAACCACAGACCUCCUAACCCUUCUCAAAAUGUUCUUUUCUAGGCAUGCCUCUGUGCAGAAGAUUUUAGCAAUAAGCAGUGUAACCAGAUGCACUUCAAAAUCAGUUAAACAUGGCCAGUCUGCGUGGUUAAGAAGCAUUUUCUUUAACUCUGUCAAAUACUAUCCCACUAAAUUAGUUCUGGGAAUUGAAACCAGUUGUGAUGAUACAGCAGCUGCUGUGGUGGAUGAUACUGGCAAAAUCUUAGGAGAAGCUCUGCAUUCUCAAAAUGAAGUCCAUUUAAAAACAGGUGGGAUUAUUCCUCCAGUGGCACAGCAACUUCACAGGGAAAAUAUUGAGCGAAUAGUAAAAGAAACACUCUGCGUCAGUGGAAUCUCUCUCGAUGAGCUCUCUGCUGUUGCAACUACUGUAAAGCCAGGACUCGCUUUAAGUCUCGGCGUGGGAUUAGAAUAUAGUUUAAAAUUGGUGGACAAGUAUAAAAAACCUUUCAUCCCUAUCCACCACAUGGAGGCACAUGCACUUACAAUUAGGCUGAUAAACCAAGUGGAAUUCCCUUUCUUAGUUCUUUUAAUCUCUGGAGGCCACUGUAUCCUGGUAGUAGCACAAGGAGUUUCAGAUUUUCUUCUGCUUGGACAGUCAGUGGAUAUAGCACCAGGAGACAUGCUUGACAAGGUAGCAAGAAGACUCUCUCUAACAAAGCACCCAGAGUGCUGCAGAAUGAGUGGUGGGAAAGCUAUAGAGCACUUGGCCCAACAGGGAAACAGGCUGCAUUAUGAACUCGGAGCUCCCAUGCGACAUCAUCCUAACUGCAAUUUUUCCUUUUCUGGACUUCGCUCCAAAGCCACUAGGAUAAUUAUGCAAAAAGAAAAGGAAGAAGGUUUACAGGAGGGACACCUCCUGUCCUGUGUUACAGACAUUGCUGCUGCAGUACAGCAUGCAGUAGCACUUCAUAUUGCCCAGCGAACACACCGGGCCAUUCUAUUCUGCAUAAAAAGUGGCAUCCUAUCACAGACAAAUGCAACUUUGGUUGUAUCAGGAGGAGUUGCAAGUAAUCAGUAUAUCCGAAGAGCUCUGCAAAUUGUAACAGAUGCAACUAACUUCAAUUUGCUGUGUCCUCCUCCCAGACUCUGUACUGACAAUGGUGUUAUGAUUGCCUGGAAUGGCAUUGAAAGGAUGCGUGCAGGUUCAGGUGUGUUACAUAGCACAGAUGGCAUACGCUAUGAACCAAAAGCUUCUCUUGGAAUUGAUAUCUCAGAACGAGUUGGAGAAGUUGCCAUCAAGGUACCAAGUCUAGAAGUCUCCCUAAAUGAACUUUCAGCUAUCAACUUAUAACACAUCCAGUCUGGGAAUUAUUGUUCAUGGCUGUUAUUAAAAUGUUUGUUUCCUAGUCUCCUCUUACUAAGACAUGUCUGACCAAUGUAAGCACCCUUAUGGGCUGCUGUGCUAUUUAGUAGUUAAAACAGGGAGUUGGAAGUCAGGAGAGUUAUUCUAUUCUCAUAUGCCAUUGACUCCUUGCAUGACCUUAGACUUAUGUCCCUUAUUUUUCUCCACGUGUAAAAUAGGAAUAAAGCUAAUAGUGCAAUAAU